UAAAGUUGCUGCAUAUUUUUAUUGUACAUAUCUUCAAACAGUACUUUAAUUGUUCAGACAUGCUGUCUAUAGCAUAUCAAAAUGUUUUAUGCUUUGAUACAUAAGAUUGUAUUAUUUGCUGGAGAUAAUAAGUUAAAGAUUGAAGAUCUAAUUUAUUUUAUUUUACAGACGCAUAAUUAUGUAAGCAUUUAUUCACUUUUUGAAUAUGUCGAAAUCACACCCAUUGAAAUCACACCCACAUGAAGACGAUCAAUUUAGCUUGCUCGACACAGCUACACAGGCAGUAUCAUUAGAAGAUGAGGAUGAGGGUUGUCAUUCAGGCGAUGGGAGCCCUGUUAAAGAUCCAGCAACCAUUACCGGAGCAUUCAUAGAUACAAAGGGACGUGAAGGAAAUAGGCGUGUCAAAAUAGAAGUUGAACAAAAAAUUUACAAAGCAACCCUUAAAAAGAAAUCUGCAAAAGGAGAUAAAGAAAAUAGUUCUGUGAUAAAAGAAUUGGCAAAAUGUCAAAAAGAUGGAGAGCGGGUAUUAAAUCUCUCUAAACUUGGAAUAAAAGAAUUGCCAAAAGAAGCCACAAAGCUUACAGCAUUGACUGAAUUGUUUUUAUACGGCAACAAAAUAUCAUAUUUGCCUCCAGAUAUUGGACUUCUUGUGAAUGUGCAAACUAUUGCGUUAAGUGAAAACAGUCUAUCAACGUUACCAGAGGAAAUAAUACAUUGUAGAAAAUUGCGAAUGCUGGAUUUACGACAUAACAAAAUUAAGGAGGUGCCAAGUGUUCUGUAUAAGCUGAAGUCUCUUCAACACUUGUUACUAAGGUUUAAUCGCCUCGCUUAUGUUGAACCACACAUUGGAAACUUGUCACAACUCACCAUGUUAAGCUUGCGAGAAAAUCGUUUGAGAGAACUUCCGUCCACAAUAGGGAAAUUGAUAUAUCUGGUGACGUUAGAUGUAGCACACAAUCAUUUGGAGCAUCUUCCAAAAGAAAUUGGAGAAUGUCGUCAAAUGAGCACUCUAGACCUCCAACACAACGAGUUAGUGGAUUUACCUGAUACAAUUGGAAACCUAAAGUCACUAACUAGACUGGGAUUAAGAUACAAUCAGUUAUCAGCUUUGCCUAAAUCAAUAUGUAAGUGCUCACUGUUGAAAGAUAUAAAUGUUGAGGGAAACAAUCUUACACAUUUACCACCUGGAUUUUUACUUGCAUGUAAGUCAUCAGACUCGCUGACUUUGUCAAGAAAUAGUUUUGAAGCUUUUCCUUCAGAUGGACCAAAACAAUUUGCAUCGAUUAUGACGCUCAGCUUUGAGCACAAUAAACUAUCAAAAAUACCCUUUGGUGCUUUUUCGAAAGCCCAGUAUUUGACAAAGCUAGAUUUGAAGGAUAACGAGUUGACUGCAUUGCCAUUAGAUUUUGGUAGUUGGGCAACUUUGGAUGAAUUAAAUUUGGGCACGAAUAAAUUGACUGUUAUACCAGAUGAUAUCAAAUGGCUUGUAAACAUCGAGGUUCUGACGUUAAGUAAUAACCAACUAAGGAGAAUACCUCGAUGUAUUGGAAAUUUGAGAAAGCUAAGAAUAUUGGACUUGGACGAAAACAACAUUGAAUGUCUUCCAAACGAGAUCGAGUAUUUAAAGAAUUUAGAGAAGUUGUUGCUCCAAUCAAACAGGUUGACAACAUUGCCAAAAACUAUUGGGCAUUUAAACAGCUUACAAUACUUGAGCGUAGGAGAAAACGAUUUGACAUUUCUACCUGCUGAAAUCGGUACCUUGGAAUGUCUCGCACAGCUGUUUAUAAAUGAUAACAUCAACUUACACGCGCUCCCGUACGAACUAGUGUUAUGUCCUUCAUUGCAAAUUAUGAAUAUCGAUGGGUGUCCAUUAACCACUCUCCCCCCAGAGAUCGUUGCAGGAGGCCCUUCUAUUGUUAUCCAGUACUUAAGGCUGGAGGGACCAUAUAGCGGAAUGACUGGUUCGCCAACUUAAAUUUUACAUAUUAAAAUGGUGCUGGUGGUUGCUAUGGUGAACAAACACGCCGACGGUACGCUGGAUUUAUGAAAAUUUAUCAGAUUCAUCUUUCUAGUCACGAUGCGCUACUGGCUUGUACUUCUGAUAGUUCUUUUAUAGCAAUGAUAUUUUACGGAAUGCAUCAUUGGGCUUGCGCAUGCGCAAGUUAAGGUAUAGUUGCGUUGGGUUGAUUUUUUUUUCCGUUUGAAAUCAAUCGAGGAAAACGUAUUCUGUCUCGCGCUUGUCUGUUGUACUUUUUACUUGUCUAUUAUACAAUUUCAAAUACGCUUGAUAAUCGCUUUGCGUGUGCAUUAGAUAAAACAGUCUGUGUGUUAGCCUGAUCAAAUUUUGUAGUGUCGUGUAACAGAGGCACGAAAACCUUAAAAAAUGCUUUAAUUUUUUGUGAUAUAUAAAUAUGAAUGAAAUUGUGUGUGUUAAAAUUUUGAAGGUCAAGUGAUGUGUAUUUUCGUCGAGGUCAUGUGUUGUCGUGUACUCUAUGUUCCGUUAAAUGUUUUCAAUUUCUCGCUGGUUAUAAUAAGAAUUAAUUAUUGCUACCUAGAUUUUUAGUGAUUAGUUCCCAGUCUUUCUUUAACGUAGGCUUUACUAUAGUUUUUAGGUUACUUCUUUAAAAAAUCUACUUUGAUCCUGAUAUCUGUUAAAACCCAGUGAAAAUUACAAUUUUUGAACAGUAAAAAGGGAAAUGGUCUUUCUUAGUUAUUUGUAGUUUAAUUAAAUUUCUAUAUUUUAUUAUCUUUUACUAAUGACGUUUUUAUACUUACAAAAUAGUUGUUUGAUUUCGUGUAGAUAUAACACAGAACUUUUAUGUGUUACUUGCUACAAAUAGCAUGGUAUUUUUUAUUUUAAAUUUUUAAUACUUUUAUUUAUACUUUCAACAUAAUAUCGACUUUUUUCUACUAACUAUCAAUAUGUCAUUUUAUCGUCAAGUCAUGGCCCACCCUGCGCGUUGAAUUGAAAGAACUUUAACAAGAUGCCCAAUGACUUGGUGAUUACAUACACGAAAGGGAAUCCACUUUGCUUUAUUUAGAAAAAUGAUACCGCAAGUAGCGAGACGCACGCAAUGCGGUAAACCCGUGGAUUUUCCACGGGCCACCGACUAGUCUAUCUAAUCUCGCUCAGUGUAAAUUUAAUUUUAGAUUACACGUGUUAAUGAAUUUUAAGUGUGGUCAUGGCUUUAAGAAUUUGACAUGUAUUCUUUCGUUUAUAUUCGAUAAUAGGACUGAAUUUAGGCAACCUCGUUACCAGUCUCAGUUACUGUUAUUUUAACGACAUGGUGACGAGUUGUGGUGUCGGUUUUUUCGUAACAAUUUUCUACGAAAUGUAGAGUAGUGUUAACUUGUUACCAGUCCCCUCUUUCCAGCAUAAAAAAUGCUGCUAAAAAGGGACUGGUGCGAGAUAUUUGUAUAUAUUUAACUGAAGAAAUAAUAAGAACGAC